AUGUUCAAGAAGUUCGACGAAAAAGAGGACAUUUCUUGUACUAACAAUGCGAAGAAUUCGAUUGUCAAGUCUUUGCGUACUCGACUAACUGAAGAUUAUGGUAUCGGUAAAGAAAUGGUUGAUCAGAUUUUACCUAAAAAAGACGUAGUAAAACAUAUUAAGUGCCACGAACACGUCGACUUGUAUUCAGAUUCCGAUGGCGAGGUCAUGUUUUUCCGGCAACGUGAAGGACCAUUUAUUCCAUCUCUUAGAUUACUUCAUAAAUAUCCUUUCAUCCUACCUCAUCUACAAGUUGACAAAGGUGCCAUCAAGCAUGUUUUAAAUGGCUCAAAUGUUAUGUGCCGUGGUUUGACAUCACCAGGUGCUCGAAUGACGGAAGUACCCAAGGAAUCGAUUGUUGCUAUAAUGGCAGAAGGCAAAAUGAAUGCACUCGCCGUCGGUAUUACCCUGUUAUCUACUGAUGAAAUCUUAACAAUCAACAAAGGUAUCGGGGUCGAGAAUGUGCACUAUUUGAAUGACGGAUUAUGGCGUCUCAAAGGCGUACGAUAA